AUGAAGGGGCUGCAUAAACCCUCAGUGUCUGCCCUGGCGCUGCUCCUGGCAGCGUCCCUCGUCGCCUUCUCCUGGAGUGCCCCUCAGGCUCAUUUCCAAAGGAGAAACUGGACUCCUCAGGCCAUGCUCUAUUUGAAGGGUGCACAGGGACGUCGCUUUGUCACAGAUGAGAGCCAGAGGAAGGACCUGUAUGACAGAGUGCAGCUUGAAACACGCAGCCAUAACACAAAUCCUUUAUCUCUUCCUGAAGCGGCUGCACUGUUCCUUACUUCCUUACAGAAAGUGCAAGAAGUGGAAGAGGAAAACAGUGAACACCCUGGCUACCUAACAGACAGUCUAUUAAAUUGGUAA